AUCUAUGAGAUUUUUUGUUUAAAAAGAUCUUUAGCUUACUUUGCAAACCAGGUGGAUUGAGAGAUCUUCCAUAGCGGACAUGUCCAUCAACGAGCUCUAUCUUCUCUCCCAGGUGAUGAGCACGUAUCCCCGCCAGUGGAAUGCGGCUCUCAAGCGCUCGCUUCUCAUGGAUAUCGCGGUUCUUGCGAACGAGAACAGAGAUAACGACGUUCAUGCCCGGAUAAAUCGUCUCAACGAGUUUCUCCUAGCUCCGCUGGCCAGGAUAGUGCUCACCGAGAGAGAAGCGAUGAAGUCGUCCAGAGAGGCGGCGGCUGCGCGAGAGCAGCAGCUCAAUGCGGCGGUGGCGGCGCUGCAAGACGAGAAGGAGGCGGUGUCAAAGCAGCUCGAGGAGGAGAAGGAGCAAACCUUGCAGCAGAACAUGUUCAUCGAGACUCUCCUCAAUGAUAUGGACAAGAUGGCCAAACUUAGCGAUCACCGGAAGAAGAAGAUCCUCCAGCUGCAGCACACGCUGUUCGUCAAGGACUUGCAAAUCCACAGGCUUACGUCCGGCGAGCGGGAGCAGCCAGACUCUCAGGUCCAGAGCUUCGAAGACAGCAUCAAAGACUGCCUCCAGUGGGUUUCUGCAGCUGAAACAAAGACGACAAUGGUGUCUCACUCACUGGAUGACGACCAGAGCUCGUCAAGAGCUCCGGUUUGCAGCACGUCAUCAGUCUCCAGCAAUCUUGGAAGUGGCAUGACCACGUCAGGCCCGGAUCCACAGAAGCAGAAACUUGAACAACAAAGCAUUCCAGUGUCACUCCAAGAUGACGUGGGGUUGCUCCAACUGGUUCUUGCCGGACUUUGGCACGAAGGCGUGACGAGCGUGAAGAUAAUACAAGACUCUGGUUUGUGCUCUGUACCGUCAGCAGUGGUACAUUUUUGGCUGGGACUUGCCACGCGCAUUGCGAGCCGCAUGGCAGAGACGGUACAAGACUCGGCCUUGGGAUUGUUUUCCCAGCUCCUGUAAACGUCGGGCCACAGUACUGGCCAGCCUAGGACACGUAAAACCUUGUCUAGAGCUGCAAUAAGCAGGACAAAAAGGAAAGCUGGAAGUUGCUAGUGA